UAAACGGUGAGCGCGGGCGGUCCUAGAGGAGCUUUGGGGCGGGUCCUUGAAGUGGGGACGCGUGCUUGAAUUUGAAUCCAGGCAAGAGCUAACAACUUGUUACGGUAUUAGUCAACUACUACAGCACGACACAGGGUGUGGGAACUAUUUUUUUUUUAACACCGUACAUCUUUAUAUUUCUGGUCAACUUGUCUGUACAUUUGUAUUUGUAAAAUUAGCUAGCAUCGCCGUAACGUUUAAAUCGCCGCUCAGUGCUGUAGCUACAGGCAUCACAGGCUGUUUGAGGAGAGCUCACUACACUUGCAAUGAAAGCGGGCGUGGUCCACUGCCGUUGUUCAAAAUGCUACUCAGUUCCAGCACGAAAGCGGGUCCGUAAGCGAACUCCAGCCCUUACCUUGCUGUCUCUACCUGAGGAGAUCCUCCUCUGUGUGCUCCAGUGCCUCUCUGCUGAGGACCUGCUGUCUGUCAGAGCAGUUCACUCCCAGCUGCGGGACAUUGUCGACAACCACUCCAGUGUUUGGGCCAGGGUCAGUUUCAGGGACACGUGGCCAUGGCCUGAGACACUAUGGCUAUUUGAAAGAGCUGCUGAGAAAGGGAAUUUUGAAGCUGCUGUGAAGCUAGGGAUCGCUUAUUUAUACAACGAAGGACCGUUGCUGAGUGACGAGGGGCGAGCGGAUGUAUGUGGUCGCAAGGCCUCCCACUUCUUCAGCCUCGCAGAGAGCCUGCGCUCUCCCUUGGCGGAUCCCUUCAUCUGGGUGUUCAUCCGUCCACCGUGGUCACCCACUGGUAGCUGCUGCAAAGCUGUGGUGUUUGACCGACUCAAGGCAGAGUGUGACAGCAACGUGGAGAAGAGGGGCCCCCUGCUGCACUGUUUGGCCAGAGUUCUGCAGCUGUUCGAAGAGGAUGAAAGGCGUGCCGAUGCCAUAUCUAUGCUGGAGCAAUCGUCACAGGCUGGCUGUCUACAGAGCUCCUACCUGUUGUGGGAGCACAACCGGAAAGCAGCUAUGGCAGAUCCAGGCAGGUACCUCCAGUGUGUCAGAACCCUCAGGGACUAUGCUGGCAAAGGAUGCUGGGAAGCACAGCUCGCCUUGGCCAAAGUGUGCAGCUGUGGGAAUCCACUGGGUUUGGAGUCAAAAGCCUGCUCUGACUUGGUGGCCCAGCUUUUCAGUUCCUCUAACCUGGCAUCACGACCCUCCUCUCAAGCCAUCCUGAGACAAGGCAUCAAGGACACCAUGAGGUACAUCCUGGUGGACUGGCUUGUGGAGGUGACCACCAUGAAGGACUUCUCAAGCCUGACGCUGCAUGUGACAGUGGGCUGUGUUGAUCGCUACCUGGCUCUGCGCUCAGUCCCCAAGGCUCGCCUCCAGCUGUUGGGAAUCGCCUGCAUGGUAGUUUGUACUCGCUAUAUCAGUAAAGAAAUCCUAACGAUACGUGAAGCUGUCUGGCUCACAGACAACACCUACAGAUAUGAAGACCUGGUUCGAAUGAUGGGAGAGGUUGUGUCUGUGCUGGAGGGAAAGAUCAGGAGUCCCACGCUGCUGGACUAUGGAGAGGUGCUGCUGUCUCUCCUCCCUCUGGAGAGACGAACCACUCACCUAUUCAGUUACAUCUGUGAGCUGUCGCUGCUCUACUCUGCUCUUGCCACUCCACCACCUGCCAAACUGGCCUGCGCCGCACUACUGCUUACACGAGCACUACAUCACUAUGCUCCCCUCUGGCCUAGCCAGUUAGUCGACUACACAGGCUUCUCCAAGCAAGACCUCGUCUCCCUUUCUGUGCUGCUCUACGUCAAAUGUUUCAGCCAAGAUGUUCCCAAAGAUUACAGGCACGUGUCUCUUACUGGCGUGAAGCAGAGGUUUGAAGAUGAGGCCUAUCAGCACAUCAGCAAAGAAAAGGUGAUGGACUUCAAGGAGUUGUGUCAGAUCUUGGAGAUUCCUGAAGAGGAGCCUCAGAUGGAGCCUCCCAGCCCCACUGGUCAACCCGCAGACAUCCACACCUUCCUCGCAUCUCCAUCCAGCACCAGCAAGAGGAGACGCGAUGACGCCAUGCAGGCCCACAGAGCUGGCUUCGUGGCCACACCCACAACAGAGCUGUCCAAUCAAGAAGAGACGCUGCUGGGCGACAUCCUGGACUGGAGCCUGGACACUUCCUGUUCCGGUUACGAGGGAGACCAGGAGGAAGAGAGCGAGGGGGAGAAAGAGGGUAACUGUUCCAUGAUAUCCAUCAAACUGCACACACUGACUGAUGAAGACAAAAGACUAGAGCACUGUAGAGCCCUGUCCAGCGAUGAAGACAGCUUCUGUGAAGCAGAAAGGGAGAUGAGCAAGGAUCGGGACCCUCUUUCCUUCUCCUCAGGAUACUCCUCCGUCCAGAGUGUCAGCCCUUCAUCCACAGCCUCCUCCUCUCCCCCUUCCCUCCUAAUGCCUUGCACAUUCAAGACCUUUACCACGUCCCUGGGCGCAGCCUCCGCCAAUGCCCAGCCAGGCUUCCGCCUCUUGGUGCCCAUGCAGAGGCCCCGGGGCACCUCUAGUAAACAAGUGAAGAGGAAAAACUCGGCAGCUCACAGCGGAGGUGAGGUGGAAGUCGAAGACGAAGGGAAAGGAGAUAAAAAUAUUGCGGGUGCAGGGUUUCUGAGCUUAUAGACAGCAGUUGCUCGUCUGGCUUCAGGCAGCUCACAGACCACCAGCUCAGUUAUCGUCCUCCAGCACUUUGUUCUCGAUGCUGUCAGUCUGCACUGGUUCACCAAACUGCCGAACGAUCAGAGACUUUAAGUUUCGGUAAAAGAAAGGGAAAAUUAAUAUGAAUUACCUUUUUUUUAAAAACUAGCCUUUCUAUUGCAUUGCAUUACAUUUCAUUUACAGGUUUACAGGCACAAUGAAAUACCUCCCUUGAUCAAAGACUUGCAGUCAGCUCUGAAACCACUGGAACAUAACUUGACUUUCCUCAGGACCCAAUUACAAAUUCUGUUGUUUUACAACCUCAGAUUACCUGAGAUGUAAAAGAAAUAAAAACCUCAUGGACUUAUUUUGGAAGGAAAAACAAGAUCAUCUUGGCUUCCACCACAUGCUCCACAUGCUUUCAUGUUGUUGUGAAUGUUUUGGUUAUCGUAGUUUCUGAGAUGCACUGUCUAUACAAGUAACUGUCUUGUAUUUGGUAAAUGUCAUCCAUAGGUGACUCCUAUCAUCUAUCUGAUGGAAAUGUCUGCAUUAUAAGCCGAAAAAAAAGAAAUGAUUGUAUGAAUUCCUCUUGUUCAGUUUUGUCCUUUUUUUUUUAGUUCUGUUUGUUUGCCAAAGGUACUGUGACAGUGUCAUUUGUGUUUUCAGGGGCCUCUAGUUACAGAGAAACAGAGCUGUGAAAUGAGUCUUCUGGUAGUCUGCAUCUUCCUGAGGCUUGUACAUAUACAUCAGUUGUACAGCACACUGAUCCAACCAGGCACCGAAAGGCAUUAAGAGGUUAACUGUUGAAAUAUUGACACACUAUUGCUCAAUGUCCGGCUGGAUGAGUAUCAUACGAACCUCAGCUCAUCGUCCAGGUGUUUAGUGCUGUACAGUCACUAAGUAUUUAGCUCAGAUGUAAUGAGGCACCUGAUGCUGAGGAGUUGGACUUCAACCACUCGUCCUCACGUCUGACAGAAUGCUGAGCACUUUGAUCAUCACAGAAGGAGCGUAGCUCAAUGAAAUGUGACCAUUUCCUCGCGUGAACAAUCAAUGCUGACGUAUUUUUGAACGAAUUGCUUUGCAGAGUGAGAGGGAAGUUCAGACGCUAAAGGAGAAUUAUAACUCGAUGGUGGAAGGUACUCUACGCCUCAUUCAGCACAGCGAGGACAUGGUGUGUAAAUGGUUGUGACUGACUGUACAUUUUAAAAUAGUUACGCCAGACUGGUUCUCUCCUGUGUUUUAUAAUUGUACAUAGUAGUAUAUGUAUAAAUCCAGAAAGACAAAGAAAAUGCCACUACUUGAAACUGUUUUUGCUUCAUUCCAAAAAGGCAGUUUUCUUUGUGAAACCUGUUUGUUCUCCAGUACAGUGUUUUCUCAAUAGACCUGUGAUGUGAAUAUGUCAUUUUUGUAUUGAGUUCAAAUAAAAGAAGCCAUUAUGCAAGCUUC